AUGGUGAAGGGCUUAGAAGGUAAGUCGGGACCUCCCGGCGCUGAAGCGGGCCGUUUAGGGUCGGUUGCCAAUAGGAACGGGUCCGGUUCAAGUUUAUCGGGACCCUAUUUCGACCCCGCCCAGUGCAGGCCACAACUGUCCCAAACGGCAGCUUGUGGGGAUUAA